AUGUCAAGUAGUGUUAAGAACUUUACAGUGGGAUACAAUCCCCUAAACAAAAGCAACACUUUCAGUAGUGGUGAUUAUCUCAUGGGACAAGUUACAUUUGAAUUAACUAAUGAGUGUGAAGUACAGUCACUCUUUGUAAAGCUGAAGGGAAAAGCUCAAGUGUCAUGGACUGAAAAUUAUGGGAAAACUAUUGUGACUUACCAAAGCAAAGAGAAGUACUUCAGCAUCAAGCAGUUUGUCAUUCAGGAAUCUAUGGGUAAGCUAAUGUCUUUCAAUUUAGCACAAUGCUGCAAAAAUGUUCUUUCCCCUGGCUGCCAUGUCUACCCAUUCACCUUUCAGAUUCCAGUGCAAGACCUGCCGUCCUCCUUCAAGGGCUCAUGUGGAAAGAUUUUGUACACAGUCGAGGCAAAUCUGAACCGGUCAAUGAGAAUGGACAGCAAAGCGAAGGCAGAGUUUACCCUCAUCCAAAAGACAAACCAUGAUCCAGUGAUGAUGAGCCCACAGCAAAAUAUGAUUGAUAAGAAAAUGAAGGUCUUCUCGACGGGAUCUGUGGCCAUGGAUGUAAGCAUUGCAAAAACAGGCUUCUGCCAAGGAGAAGGCAUAAGGGUCAUGGCUUCAAUUCAGAACAAGUCCUCUCGUGACAUUAAGCCCAAGUACUGUCUGUACAGGAAAUACAGCUACUUUGCAAAUAAGAAAAGGAAAGUUGAAACAAAAGACAUCCUGAAGGAGGAGGGUGAAGCCAUCCCACACUCUGCAGGUCAGACUGUCACCAGGAUCAUCACCGUACCUUCCACCGUGACCACCUCAAUCCUAAACUGCAACAUCAUCAAAGUAGAGUAUAGACUCCGGGUCUAUCUGGAUGUGAAGUAUGCUUCAGACCCAGAAGUCAAGUUCCACAUAGUCAUCCUGCCUGCUUUAGAGGGGUCUGAUAAUCAGCAGUCAUCUGACUUUUUGACCAGUGAAUUUGACCAAUUUCCAAAUCCUUACAUGUCAGGAGGGAUGAGCUUUCUACAAAAUCCAGCUGCCCCUGAACCUUCUGCUCCACCACCUUCCUAUGAGACAUAUGGGAUGUACCCCUCUUUCACAGAGAUUACAUUUCCUGUAGCCAUCCUGCCAGCCUUCCAGGCCUAUCCUGCAGUGCCACCACACUAUCCCGCUGCUGCUGCUACCCCCUUUGGAUUCAACCCGAACCCGAACCCAAACCCUCCAGUGUGGGGUUUUGAGUCACAACAACCAAUAGCAGCUCCCCAACCGUCAGAUCCCCCUCCUCCUUAUGGAGCAUAUGCAAUGUACCCUCCAUUGCCAGAUUUUGAGAAUAAAUCCUAG